AUGCUUUCUAAUUCGACUACAACACCGACAACAAAUCGUAUAACUAAUUCAACUUCAACAUGGUCUCAUCCACCUCCGCCAAUGAUUUAUCAUUCACAUCCACUAAGUUAUGAAGGCCAAGGUCGUGUAAAUCAAUUGGGUGGCGUUUUCAUCAAUGGUCGUCCAUUACCCAAUCAUCUUCGUGUGAAGAUUAUUGAUAUGGCUGCACAAGGAAUUCGACCUUGUGUUAUAAGUCGACAGUUACGUGUUUCACAUGGAUGUGUUUCAAAAAUUUUGGCACGUUAUGCUGAAACAGGAUCGAUUAAGCCAGGUUCAAUUGGCGGCUCAAAACCACGAGUUGUAACUGCUGAUAUCGAACAAAAAAUUGAUGAAUAUAAAAAUUCAUAUCCACAUGGUACAAUGUUUGUUUGGGAAAUACGAGAAAGAUUAGUACGUGAUGGUGUUUGUAAACCAACAUCAUUACCAAGUUUAAGUACAUUAACACGAAUGCUACGUGAUGCUGGUGGUAAUGUUGAUGGAAGUAAUUUUGCAGAUGAACGAUCAUCAAUAAAUAUGAUCGAACAAAAUGAAGAUUCAAAAGAAGAUAAAAGUAAUGCUCGUUGUGGUACAACAGAUAAAACAAAUAAUAAUAAUACAACAAAAGGUCGUCGUUAUCGUACAAGUUUUAGUCAAGAUCAAAUUGAACAAUUAGAACAUGUUUUUCAACGAACACAUUAUCCUGAUGUACAAGCAAGAGAAGAAUUAUCAAGACGAACUGGUCUUAGUGAAGCUCGCGUUCAGGUAUGGUUUUCUAAUCGUCGAGCUCGUUGGCGAAAAAUUGCCUCUGUUCAUCAUCAACAUCAACAGCAACAACAACAACAGCAACAACAACAACAGACGCAUCAUCUACCAUCUGCUAAUAGUCCAUUGAUGUUUCCCACAGGACCUACAGCAACAAGUAGUGUUAAUAUUCCAGGGCAAUCAACAACAUCAUCUCGUCUACAUUUCACACCUUUCUGUUUACCAACCAUUGAUACAUCCUCAUCAACGAAUAAUCAAUUAUCAACAUCAUCAUCAUCGUCAGUUUUUCAUCCAUCAAAUGAGUGUAGUAGUAGUACAAAUACAACAACUCUUUUAUUUGGUAACCAACAACAACAACAACAACAGCAGCAGCAACAGCAACAGCAGCAACAACAGCAACAGCAACAACAACAACAAUCUCUUUAUGCCCGGUAUACUAAUGAUUAUGAGCAAAUUUAUCGAUCAACGGGAACAUUUCCAUAUUCAGCUGCAAAUCCAAAUAAUAUGAUGAUGCAUGGACAAGUUCUUCCACCACCACCGCCACCACCAACAGCAGCUGGUACACAUUCAGCAUCAUCGUUUUAUACACCAAAUAUGUUUGAUAUUCAUAAUGUUUAUUUGUAA